GUAAAUAUCUUCGUAUGGCAAAAAUCUUAAAAUCUACAGCUGAACAAGUUUUUGAUGCUAUAUUGCAAUUAUUCUAUUAUUUUGUUUAUUCAUUAUACAAAUACUUUUGUUUGGAUGUGCAAAUUCAACAACAACAACAAGAGUUUGGGACAAUUUUUACUUCUCUAAGGCUUCGUCAACUUAUGGAUAAUGUUCAAAAUACUUAUUUUUGUCAAACAAAUGGUGACUUUGUUACAGAUGAGAUUCACCAUUUCCCUGCAUUUCCAAAUAUGAGUCCGGAUUUGAAUAACAACGAAGCCCUAUUUUCUUUAGCUGAACGUUUAAUCGGAGUUGAAUCAGCAACUUUUCUUUCAAAACAAAUGGAACUUCUUCGGCCGACGUUAGAAACGCUAGUUAUUGAUAAGAAAAGAGGGCAAGAUUUGGAAAAUUUUUUCAAUACACUGCCUGCAACUUCUGAUUUGUUAGAAGCAACAUUGGGUUGUGUUGCAGCCAAAUCUUUGCAAUCAGCACAAAUAUUGCAACAAAUAUCUUUAAUUGAUUGGAAUAUAAGUGAAAUACCUUCUGAACAUUCAAAUUAUGUUUACAGCAUUUUAAAAGAGUUUGAGUCCUCUAAAGAAAUUCUUUGUAAAUUAUCUGUGUAUGUACAUAUCAGUGAAGAAGUUAAUUUUAUGAUUUGGUCGAUGAUGUCGAUGUGUACAGUGCGACUUCUUGUACGAGGAUAUUCUGAAUCCAAUAAAUGUAGUAAUGAAGGAAGAGCUCUCCAAUUAAUGGAUGUUGAGCAUUUAUUUAAAAAAUUAGAAGAACUCAUAGGCUUAAGGCCAUUCCCGCAUCGUCUUUACGUUGAAAACUAUGUGAAAGCCUUCUUUUUGCCUAGCGAUGAGUUGAACGAAUGGAUUGUUAGGCAUACGGAAUAUACUUUAAGUCAAACUGGUGCUCUUUUAAAUGCUUCUAUUUCCAAUGCUCCUUCUGCAACAAAGAAAGCAGUUACAAUGUCAAGAAUAAUGGUUAACUUGCUUGAUGCAAGUGGAAUAAGUGAUGGCAGCAAUUCUUUUUUUCAUUAA